GAAGAAGAAGGGGGAGGGGAGACACUACUGAGUAAUGUUUUUUUCACAGCCUUCAACAUCCGUUACCUACCUUAGUGUUUUACUUUCGUCGAGCUUCGGCAAAUUUCCUGCAUUUAAGGUAGGAAGGCAGAAUGGAUCAGUAUGAGGACAGAGGGGAGGGAACCCCUCCUUCUAAAAUCAGAAGAAUGGAGAUGAAGCCUGAAGCUCAGAGGUCCCAAAAGAGACAGGAGUCUGUUGAACCUGAACCUGAAACAGAAUCCAGCUGUGUGUCCUUCAAGAGUGACGUCUCAAAGGAUUUUAGUAUUAAUUUUAAAGACCAAGCUGUAUCACAGUCAAAAGUGGACCUGCAGAGCUCAGAGGUUCCCAGUGAUCAGUCUGUCCAGCAGCACCAAACACACCUGGACUCCAUAUUUAUGCUGCUCGAGGAAAACGUGGUCACAUUUGUAAAAAAGGAGCUGAAAAGGAUCCAGAAGAUUCUGAUUUCCGAUUACCCACAAUGCUUAGAAAAUGAGGAGGAUGAGGAGGAGUUGGAUGGUGAGGAUGAAGAGCACAGGAGGAGCAGCAGAGACGCAUUUCUGAAGAUCACAGUGAACUUCCUGAGGAGGAUGAAGCAGGAGGAGCUGGCUGACUGUCUGCAGAGCAGAUCUCCUGCUGCAGUUUGUCAGCAUCAAUUAAAAUCUCAGCUGAAACAGAAGUUCCAGUUUGUCUUUGAAGGCAUCUCUAAAGCAGGAAACCAAAUCCCUCUGAACCAAAUCUACACAGAGCUCUACAUCACAGAGGGAGGAACUGGAGAGGUCAACAAUGAACAUGAGGUCAGACACAUUGAAACAGUGUUUAGGAAACCAGUCAGAGCAGAAACAUCCAUCAGACCAGAAGACAUCUUUAAAGGCUCAGCUGGAAGAGACAGAGCCAUUAGAACAGUGAUGACAAAGGGAGUGGCUGGCAUUGGGAAAACAGUCCUAACACAGAAGUUCACUCUGGACUGGGCUGAAGACAAAGCCAACCAGGACAUACACUUGAUAUUUCCAUUCACCUUCAGAGAGCUGAAUGUGCUGAAGGAGCAAAAGUUCAGCUUAGUGGAACUUGUUCAUCACUUCUUCACUGAAACCAAAGCAGCAGGAAUCUGCAGCUUUAAACAGUCCCAGGUUGUUUUCAUCUUGGACGGUCUGGAUGAGUGUCGACUUCCUCUGGACUUCAACAAGACUAAAACCCUGACUGAUGUCACAGAGUCCACCUCAGUGGAUGUGCUGCUGACAAACCUGAUCAGGGGGAACCUGCUUCCCUCUGCUCGCCUCUGGAUCACCACACGACCUGCAGCAGCCAAUCAGAUCCCUCCUGGCUGUGUCGACCUGGUGACAGAGGUCAGAGGGUUCACUGACCCACAGAAGGACGAGUACUUCAGGAAGAGGUUCACAGAUGAGCAGCAGGCCACAACCAUCAUCUCCCACAUCAAGACGUCACGAAGCCUCCACAUCAUGUGCCACAUCCCAGUCUUCUGCUGGAUCACUGCUACGGUUCUGGAGGAUGUGUUGAAAACCAGAGAGGGAGGAGAGCUGCCCAAGACCCUGACUGAGAUGUACAUCCACUUCCUGGUGGUUCAGACCAAAGUGAAGAACAUCAAGUAUGAUGGAGGAGCUGAGACAGAUCCACUCUGGAGUCCAAAGAACAGGAAGAUGAUUGAGUCACUGGGAAAACUGGCUUUUGAGCAGCUGCAGAAAGGAAACCUGAUCUUCUAUGAGUCAGACCUGACAGAGUGUGGCAUCGAUAUCAGAGCAGCCUCAGUUUACUCAGGAGUGUUCACACAGAUCUUUAUAGAGCAGAGAGGACUGUACCAGGACAAGGUGUUCUGCUUCGUCCAUCUGAGUGUUCAGGAGUUUCUGGCUGCUCUUCAUGUCCAUCUGACCUUCAUCAACUCUGGAGUUAAUGUGUUGUCAGAACAACAACCAUUCCAGACGUCUGAAUCAACAACAGUCAAAUCUACAGAGACACAGCUCUACUGUGAUGCUGUGGACGAGGCCUUACAGAGUCCAAAUGGACACCUGGACCUGUUCCUUCGUUUCCUCCUUGGUCUUUCACUGCAGACUAAUCAGACUCCGAUUAAAGGCAUUAUUAGACAGACAAGAAGUGUUUUAAAAACCAAGGAAACAGUUCAGUACAUCAAGAAGAAGAUCUCAGAGUCACCAUCGGCAGAAAAAAACAUCAACCUGUUCCACUGUCUGAAUGAACUGAAUGAUUGUUUUCUAAUGGAGGAGAUUCAACAGUAUCUGGAGCCAGGAGGUCUAACUACAUUUAAACUUUCUGCUGUUCAGUGGUCAGCUCUUCUGUUCAUGUUGGUGUCAUCAGGAGAAGAACUGGACGUGUUUGACCCAGUAAAAUAUUCUUCAAGCUUUUUAGAGAAGGAUCUUCUGUUUGUACUGGGAGUGGUCAAAGUCUCCAAGAAAGUUAUACUGAGUGGCUGUAACCUGUCAGAGAGAAGCUGUGAAGCUCUGUCCUCAGUUCUCAGCUCUCAGUCCUCUAGUCUGAGAGAACUGGACCUGAGUAACAACGACCUGCAGGAUUCAGGAGUGAAGCUACUGUCUGAUGGACUGAGGAGUCCUCACUGUCAACUGGAGACUCUCAGACUGAGUGUGUGCAACCUGUCAGAGAGAAGCUGUGAAGCUCUGUCCUCAGUUCUCAGCUCUCAGUCCUCUAGUCUGAGAGAACUGGACCUGAGUAACAACGACCUGCAGGAUUCAGGAGUGAAGCUACUGUCUGAUGGAUUGAAGAGUCUUCCCUGUCGAUUGGAGGCUCUCAGGCUGUCAGGUUGUCUGGUCACAGAGGAAGGCUGUGCUUCUCUGGCCUCUGCUCUGAGCUCCAACCCCUCUCAUCUGAGAGAGCUGGACCUGAGCUACAAUCAUCCAGGAGACUCAGGAGAGAAGCUGCUGUCUGAUGGACUGGAGGAUCCACACUGGAGACUGGACACUCUCAAGGUGAAGCCUGGUGGAGUCCAAUGGUUGAGACCAGGUCUGAGGAAGUAUUUCUGUCAACUCACAAUCAACACAAACACAGUGAACAGACAACUACAACUGUCUGACAAUAACAGGAAGGUGACACAUGUGGGGAAGUAUCAGCCAUAUCCUGAUCAUCCAGACAGAUUUGAUCAGUGGUUUCAGCUACUGUGUAGUAAUGGUCUGACUGGUCGCUGUUACUGGGAGGUUGAAUGGAAAGAAAAGGUUUAUAUAUCAGUGAGUUACAGAGAAAUCAGAAAAAAAGGAAGCAGCACAGACUGUGUGUUCGGAAUGAACAACCAGUCCUGGAGGAUGAGCUGCACUGGUGAUGGUUACUAUGUUUCUCACAACGGCAAAGAAACACCCAUCCCCUCCUCUGUGUCUCACAGAGUAGCAGUGUAUGUGGACUGUCCUGCUGGUUCUCUGUCCUUCUACAAAGUCUCCUCUGACAAACUGAUCCACCUUCACACCUUCAACACAACAUUCACCGGACCUCUUUAUCCUGGGUUUGGGUUCUGGUAUCACCCAUCAGGUUCCUCUGUGUCUUUGUGUGAUGUGUAGUAGUGGCAGUUUGAUCCUGUCAGAGAAACGUUGUCAAUGUUGAACACUGUCUGUUCAUAUGUGUCUCGUUUAUUAGAUUUGUGUAUAAAGUAAAUAAGUUUCUUUCUCAGCCAGUUCUAAUGUACAUGUAAAUGAUUCCUUGUGAACUUCCUCUUUCAGUCCUUUAAAGAUGGAAGCUCUGAUUAUUCCAAUAUGGUAAUGUUGAGGACUUGUGAAGUUGUUUCCAGUGAAUAUUGAAUGUAUGGGACAAACUGUGAUAUCAGAUGUCUUUAUUUUCUUCCUUUACUUAAAGGUCCAGCUGAGCUCAGUGUCAUAUUCUUUUUAUUGGAGCCUUAUAUAUUAAACCAUCUGGGUUUAAUUAUAUGAUAAAUAUUUAUUUUACAUGUUUCUGACAAUGAAGCUUUGUUUUCUGAGUUUUUCAUAAAUAAACGUUUGUUUUUA